GGUGUGCGUUCAGCAGGGUGCUUGGUGACUCCGGAAAAUGUGGUGUGUCACCCAGUGAUGUGUGGGACCGCCCCCUCUGGUUACCUGGCUUAUCAGCUGAGAGCUGUCAGGACUUUUCACCUUGACGACCACCUGGAGACAGAGACUCUCCUACCCUGUUCCCUUGACGACCGCCUGGAGACAGAGACUCUCCUACCCUGUUCCCUUGACGACCGCCUGGAGACAGACAACCUCCUGCCCAAUUCCCUACAUACAGAUAAAGGAUCAGCUUCCCCUCUCACAACCAUUAGUGGAGGAAAAACAAAAUGGACCCCAGAUCAGCGUCUAGGGGCAACUUCACCUCACAACCAACUAACCCUGUCUACCUCCCCCUCUCCCUUGUCUUCCUCAUCUCUCUCCACUCCUCUCUCCCCUGGCUAUGGUCUGGCCUGGGACAGUGUAUCCAACCAGAGCGACCCUGGCUAUGGUCUGGCCUGGGACAGUGUAUCCAACCAGAGCGACCCUGGCUAUGGUCUGGCCUGGGACAGUGUAUCCAACCAGAGCAACACAGAGACACACACAGACAGAACUACUAAAAGAACUACAGACAUGCCUACUGACAUAACUACUGACAUAACCACUGACAGAACCGUUGACAUGACUACAGAUGAAACUACUGAUAUAACCACUGACAGAACCACUGACAGAACCACUGACACGACAACAGACAGGACGGCAGACAUAGCUACUGACAGAACUACUGACAGAACCACUGACAGAACUACUGACAGAACUACUGACAGAACCACUGACAGAACCACUGACAUGACAACAGACAGGACGGCAGACAUAGCUACUGACAGAACCACUGACAGGUGCGACAGCAGGUAUUCCCCCGAGUUAGAGGUCAGGUGUCAGGGGUCGUGCUUAGAUGUGCAUUCUCCCGGAGCCAGUCUAUGCUCCUUCAGUAAUUAUGAACCUCGCCCUGACCCAUCCCUAAAAUGAACCUGACCUCUAACCCCUGACUCCUAACCUGACCUCUAAC